UGGAGAGCCUCACAAAGGGGCGAGCUGGAUUUUGAGCAGCGGGUCGGCGGUGACAGUUAGAGGGACCCUGCCGACGGCCGAGUAGAGGACCACCUCCGCGGGAAAUACAUCAAAAUGCCUUCAAAUAAAGACGACGGCGGCUGGAAGAAGUUUGUGUGGGAUUCUGAGAAGGGAGAGCUGCUCGGUCGGACCGGAGGCAGUUGGUUCAAAAUCUUGGUGUUCUAUGUCAUUUUCUACGGAUGCCUGGCUGGGAUCUUUAUUGGAACCAUCCAAGCCUUGCUGCUCACCCUGAGCGACUACAAGCCCACCUGGCAGGACAGAGUUGCGCCCCCUGGCCUUACACACACCCCACGAUCCGACAAAUCUGAAGUGUUCUUCAACCUCAAUGAUGUGGGGACCUAUCUGCCUUACACCAAGGCCUUGAAGGACUUCCUUGCCAAGUAUGAUGAAGAAAUUCAGAGAGACCAGAUGAAGUUCGAGGACUGUGGAGAUGAACCUGCGGAGUACAAGAAUCGAGGUGACCUGGAGAGCGAUAUUGGCAUCAGGAAGGCCUGCCGCUUCCCCAGGGCCGUGCUGGGACCCUGCUCUGGCAUUGAGGACCGCGAGUUCGGUUUCAAGGAGGGCAAGCCCUGUCUGAUUGUAAAGCUCAACAGGAUUGUCAACUUCCGUCCAAGGCCUCCUACCUCUAAUGAAAGUAUCCCUGAAGAUGCUCAACCCAAGGUGCAGCCCAACGUUAUCCCUAUCUACUGCACCAACAAGAAAGAGGAGGAUGCUGGUAAAAUUGGGGAGAUUAAGUACUACGGAAUUGGUGGUGGCUUCCCCUUGCAGUAUUACCCCUACUAUGGCAAGCUGCUGCACCCUCAGUACUUGCAACCGCUGGUGGCGCUGCAGUUCACCAACCUGACCAUGAACACUGAAUUGCGCAUUGAGUGCAAAGUGUUCGGAGACAACAUCAUGUACAGCGAAAAGGACCGCUACCAGGGACGCUUUGACAUUAAGAUCCAGGUUAACAGUUUAUGACCGCCAUCAGGACUAUAGCACUUUCCCUGACUGCCCCUCCCCCCAGUGCCCCCCUUGUCCUUAACUAAAUAUCAAUCUAAUGUAGGAGAUGAUAAUUGAGGGGGUGAGGCUGUAGCGGUUAAGUCAAUCACAACUAGUCUUGAAUGAAUAAAUGAAGGAAAAAAACGUAUAGGGGACCGAUGUGUAAUCUGUCUGCUUCCAUCACUAGCUUCUACACUUCUGUCUAGCAUUAAAAUGUAAUUUAGAGGAAAAGUAGCAAUAGGCCUAAUAAAACUAUUUAUUCUGCUGUAAAUGAGACUUUUCCACAAGCCAUGGGACAUUGUUCAUUGACGACUCUCUGACGUGUAGCGAGCUGUGUUUGUCCCCUCUGCAUAUCGCUGCCUUGUGUGGUUUCAGUAGAUAUUUUUGGAGUGUGCAGUAGUCGCAAAAUCUGGUCCUUCCAAACCAUGCAGUUCCUUUUUUCUGCAAGCAAGCUUUAGCAGUUGUAGAUGCGUGUGUGUGUGUGUGUGUGUGUGUGUGUGUUUGUAUGAACGCACACUCCCACUUACUUAAUGAUUGAAAUAGUUUGAAAUGGUACACUCUUCUGAUCUGUGUAAGGAAAAGGCUGCACUCCAGGGAAUUUCUUUCCUUUUUUUAUUUGUCUUUUACAUGUGAUCAUGUUAGACUCUUUUUACUUUGCCUUUUUUCUUUUUGUGCCUGUUAAAUCACUUAAAUGUAUGAAGGGGUUUUAUUAUUUGGUUUCAUUCCCUUUGCUUUUGAUUUCGCCUUGAAUGUAGUAGACUUGUGUGUCCGGCCUGUUCGACACUGGCCUGCUUUAAUUGCAGCAGUGCUAACAGAAGUUUUUAAGAAGUAAGGUUUUUUUUUUUUUCUUGGAUUCAUCACAGCAUUGUGAUGUAACUCUCUGAAUGUUAUAGCCAUUAACCAUGGUGGAACGAUUUUAUAUUUAUGCAGUUGUACAUUUUGUUUCUUUGCAGAAUAUUGUAUAAAUGCAAUACCAAAGUGACGAGUUGAACAGAGUCUUUACCAGAAGCAGUGCAGUACUUGUUUUUAGAAUCUCAUCAUGUUACGUGCUAAAGUCUGUGUCUCGCCUUGCAACCUUCCAGUAGUGAACUCUCAGUUUGUGUUUUGGCCAUGAAUGUAGUUAGGUGUAGAAUGAGCAGGUAACAGGCAGUUUAAUUCCACAAUGACCUGAUGGUCAUGCAUUUCAAAAAAAGUUCUUAUAGAGCUCAGUGGCUUUAGAUGACUCAUGAUGUUGGCUUUAAUAUUCCAAAGGAUCUCAUGUUGAUGUAGACACUUGAAUUCAACUCCAACUCAGUCAACUUUGCAUUAGUUCAUCCACCUUUGUCAUUUAUCAAAGAUAGAAACAAAUAAAAUCAUAAUGGACCUUUA